GGACUCUCAAACGGUUGUCAAACCUCGAGCCGUCGAGUGUUUCCUUCUUUCUUCGUCGUCGUCGUCGUGUGUCUGUGCGUCUGCCCGAAUAAACAAAAAGCAUUUGCAAAAAUCCACAAUUUGCAGCAUGUAAAACGCGUCGUUUCGGCUUAAAGUGCAACGCUUACAGUGUAAACCAUGUAAUUUCACACUAAAAGAGUCGAAUUCAGUGUUAGAGAUUUGCUUAGCGGCACCAGAGUGGCGACGACGGCCAGCCAACACCAACACUGGCAAAGUGUGUGGGGACAAAAGAAGUGUGACUGUGUGUGUGGGGUAAUAAAAAGAAUUAGGGAAAAGCGGAAAAGCGUGGCUUAAGAAAAAGUGAAGAGAAAAAAAAGAAGAGAAAGAGAGUGUGUAAAACUCGCGUGGAAAGUUCUUGUUUUAUGGCAACAGAAGAGUCAUAAAAAAGGGAAACAUCUCUGCUGGGUGAGGAAACUCUCACGGCCACCCGGACCCGGAAAAACACAAGAAACAACACCAAAAAAAAGAAAGGGUGGCAAGAAAAGUGGGACAGAACGUCGUCGUCGUUCUGGGCAGAGGCCCGUAGAAGGGCUAGAACACUAUGCUCAAAAGUAUUUAUGUAGUGGCAGCACUAGUGAUUUGUUUACAUCGUGAGGUGGCGUUCGGCGAGACGACCAAUGUGCUGAACGUGGCGAGCAAUGGCUUAACAAAAUCGGCGAACCCGGAAAAGUUCGCCCGGCGCAAGAAGACGGAAAAGCUGCCGUACCGUGGCGGCGAUGACGAGGAAAAAAUCGAGCAGGGCGUGUGCCAGAUCUACACCGGCACCACGUGCGACGAGUUCCUGCGCAACCAGACGGUGUUCAUCACGCCGGACAUCACGAUUGAGAUGCUGGAGGAACGGCUGAAGGCCGCGUACGGGGUGAUUAAAGAGUCGAAGGACAUGAAUGCGAAUUGUCGCGUUUAUGCGCUGCCCAGUUUGUGCUACAGCAUAUUGCCGGUUUGUCGAACUCCAGAGAAGACGAACCAUCAGUAUUUUGCUAAUAAGGCGGCUGCUGAGGCUGCUCGAAGGGGUUCCAACUACAACCGGUCCAAGUUUAAGUCGCACGAGAAGAAGAACAAUCGCAAGGGUAAGACAACGAGUACACCGGGAGUGAUGACCACGACGGAGAGGUUGAAGGUGUAUUUUAGUGGUGGAGUCACGCCCAGUUCGAACGACUUCAACGGGGAUAUUGUGACGGAGAACUCGUUGGAUGAAACUGGGCGAAGAAGGAGAUCUAGCGAAUUCUUGACUGAUCGACAGCGACACUUUCUGCAGCAGAACACUUACAAUAACGAUGAUGGUUAUUACUCUUCUUACUCUGCUAAUUCCAACAACAAAAAGAACUACCCUCCAACGAGAAACACCGAAAACCUUCGUAGAAUCUGCCGUAACGACUGUGAGCUGCUCGAGAACGAGCUCUGUCAGAAGGAGUACGCGAUCGCCAAAAGACAUCCAACGAUCGGUCAAAAGCUACCGCUUGAAGAGUGCGACGACCUUCCGCUGCAAAACUCCGUCGAUGGAACCAUCAUCAAUGGGAUCGGUGGCCUCGGAAGUUCAGGAGACAACGAGUGCAUGCGGCUAGGCAUCAAGAUGGACAUCGUUCCGGACGACGAUUGCUACUGGGAGUCCGGGCUGACCUACCGCGGCAUUCUGGAUAAAUCCAGCUCCGGUAAGCCGUGCAUGCGCUGGUCCAAGCUGAUGCGAGAGAUCUCAAACUAUCCGGAACUGGCGGGGCAUAAUUUCUGCCGAAAUCCCGGUGGUGAGCAGUCCUCGCCCUGGUGCUACACGGACCUCAAGAAGACGAUCGAGUUCUGCGAGAUUACCAAGUGUUCGGACCGGAUGUGGCUGUACCUGAUCGUUGGCUUUGUGGCGUUCUCCACUGUAAUUGUGCUGGUCGUGACCAUCGUGUGCUGCAGGAAGUAUCGCAAGCACGGAGUGUCCAACAUUCAGAAUAUCAACCUCCCGAACGCCGACAAGAACAUCUACGGCAACUCGCGCCACAACUCGCCCAUCGAGAUGACUUCGCUGAUUGCGAACCAAAACUCGACCGGCGCCAUCAGUCGAAACGCCGAGAACGGUGGCAUCCAGGGCCUUAUCAGCGGCCAGUCAAACCACGGCCACGGUCAGUCCUCGCAGUCGCGGAACAACGGCAUCGCGCGAGUUCCGCAGUACACGCUGCAGGACGUGCGCUUUGUGGAAGAACUUGGCGAGGGUGCGUUCGGAAAGGUCUACAAGGGCGAGUUGACGCAAAAGGACGGCGAGAAGAUCUUCGUUGCGGUGAAGGCGCUGAAGGAGAAUGCCAGCGCGAAGACGCAGGCGGACUUCAAGCGGGAGAUUGAGCUGAUUAGUGACUUGAAGCACGACAACAUCGUGUGCAUUUUGGGCGUGGUACUGAAGGAGGAACCGCUGUGCAUGCUGUUCGAGUACAUGGCGCAAGGGGACUUGCAUGAGUUUUUGAUCGCAAACUCGCCGAACGAAGGCAAACAGUUGACGCAAUUGCAGUUUUUGCUGAUUUCACAGCAGAUUUGCGAUGGGAUGGAGUAUCUGGCGAGUCAUCAUUACGUGCACCGCGAUCUGGCGGCACGUAACUGCCUGGUGGGUGAGAGCUUCACGGUGAAGAUUUCGGAUUUUGGACUGUCGCGGGACAUUUACAGCUCGGAUUAUUAUAGGGUCCAAUCGAAAUCGUUGCUUCCGGUCCGUUGGAUGCCAUCCGAGUCCAUCUUGUACGGGAAGUUUACCACCGAAAGUGACGUCUGGUCGUUCGGUGUGGUGCUGUGGGAGAUCUAUAGCUACGGACUGCAGCCUUACUACGGCUACAGCAACCAGGAGGUCAUCAAUAUGGUGCGCGCUAGACAGCUGUUGCCCUGUCCGGAGGCUUGUCCGAGUGCCGUGUACUCCCUGAUGGUGGAGUGCUGGCACGAGCAAGCCGUGCGACGUCCGACGUUCCCGGAGAUCGGGCAUCGCUUGAAGAUUUGGUACCAGGCGCAGAAGAGAAAUGAACAAACCGAACAAGGUUUCAACCGUAAAGGAUCCGUCUUAAGUGUAAACACUCAACGAAUGUCCUCGCAGGGCAAUUUGAACGCCAUUACCCCUUCGUCUUCGUCCAGCCAUCACUCGUUGAAUCGAAACGGCGUGCCAGAGCCACGUGAGCCGGGCCCUCACCAGCCUCAUCAACCUCGCAAGCAUCACCACUCGCUGGAGCGGGAGAAGAUCCUCCGCACAAACCAUCACCAACAGCAGCAGCAACAGCAACCUCACCAUCAUCACUCGCGGUCGCAUCACCAGCAUCACAACUCGCUGGACCGCUCCAACAGUGGCAAAAUGGACCAGCAAGAGGGUGAACAGUACGAAACCCAAAGCAACCGCAGCUUCUAUAACAACACCGGCACUAGUCGUAGCAGUAAGAGCAUACACUCGAUGCAGGAACAUCCGAACCAGCACCAACAGCAGCAACAGCAGCACCAUCCAGGGGCACCCCAAUCCUACAAGAACUUCAGUCUCCCUCGCAAAAGCAUAGACAGCAAUCUGGACUUUGGCGACGGAGAAGCCACCGCAGCAAGCAGCCCCGGAGGAGUCGGCUACAGCGGCCGUGAGUCCAAACGUCCCCCAAAAGACCCGCAUCGUCACCACCAUCAUCAUCACCAUCACGGCUCGGGCAGAAGCCGCAGCAAAAUGGACAACUCGACCGGAACGAUGUCGGUGUCCUCGCUAAACAGCGCCGACGCUGAUCUGAACCAAAUCCUACCAAAGAAUAGCACCCAGUCGUUAGCCCAGCCACCAACCAGCAGCGGCAGCCGGAAGCCCAGCAGCAGCGGAAGCAUCCUCAGCGUGGCUAGCGAGUCCAACACGGCGGAUCCGGCAGUCGGGCUGCCGCUGAUGCAGGGCUCGUUUCACGAUGGCUAAGCUAGGGCAUUUGUUUUAAAGCUAUUAUUUAACUCACAUAUUGCAUGCACUUAUCAUAGUAAUUUAGGAAGAGAGUGUGGAACAGUUUUUAGAUAAGCAAAACGGAAAAAUGGAGCAAGCAUUUAGUAGGACAAAAUAAAACGGUUCUCAAAGACAAGAUUCGCGUCAAGCUACUAGGUUAGAAGAUGGAUGAGAGAUGGGCUGAUUUUAUCUCGAUGUGUACACACAACUAUGAUCUCUAUUUUGGACUUUUUGAAUGACUUUAUGGAUGACUUUUUUUCUAGGUUUUUCCUCUUCAAAGUAUUAAAAGACUUGUAGGUUUUUUUUUUUUUUCAUUUAGGAGCAUCACCAAACCAAUCUACUUUUUAAUCUAUAGUAAAGACUGAUUCGAAAGUGCGCAGCUUUUUAUUUAUACAAACACAGCAAAAAACAUCACUCAAUUGCACAACUAUUUAUGAGUUUUUUUAUGCCAAGUCAGCUAAAUUAAACUACGAUAAAACAAAUGUCAUCCAUCUCAAAUGUAUUCUCAUCUUUUUAUGAAAUAAACUUAAUGAAGCGAACGCGACUAAGUGUUCACAGAAAUAAAUUUAAGCAUUACUGGAGUAAUAAA